UUUGUAUCUUUUUCAGUGUUUUGUAACGAAGACACAUCAACUAACAAUGGUACAUUCAAGUGGCCAAUGACAAAAGUAGGAACUAAUGCGACGAUUCCUUGUCAUGCAAACGUAGCAACAAGAAACUGUUCAUCCAGAACAAGUCCAUAUAUGACAUCAAGGAAGUGUUCGCCAUUUACCGGUGUGUGGCAAGAGCCAGACAUGUCUCAGUGUAACAAUACAGAGUGGAUCACUGGAAAACUAAAGAACAUCACCACCAAAGGCAUUGAUGAAGAAAAUUUUGAACCGGUUUCAACAAAGCUCCUAAAUAUUUCAGAGAAAUCAGUGUAUUUCAAAAAAGAAGAUGUUGACUUGGCUGUAGAUGUACUCAAGAAAAUGGUGCCAUUGAUAUCGAAUGUGUCCGUCAAUAUAACACUUCUUCGUAUCAACAAUAUGAUAAACACACCGGAGAAGAUUUUGGUUGAGGCAGAACAAUUUAAUAGAAGUGUCAACAGAAUGCUGGACAUCAUAGAAACAAUCCCAGAACAGAUUCCACUGGGAGAGCAGUCAGUCACAGCUUUAUAUUCUAAUCUUGGUAUUGGUGCUGCCAAAGUGGAGAAGGACACUUUCAACGGCCUCACUUAUGCUGUUUCAUAUGGAACCAAUGAAACAGAAGCAAGGACUGAGAUAUAUCAGAACUCAAACUCAAAUGUAGAUGAUACGAUGGACUUCAUUUCUUUACCAAAGAGUUUAUUAAGACAUAUGAAAGACGAAGAACUGGUAAACAUUUCAAGGAUUUCCAUGGUCAGUUUGCGGGACGAUAAGCUAUAUAGGGUAAUACAAAACUCAAGUGCCAAAGCAAAUACGAAAAUUAACAGCCAUAUUAUUGCUGCAAGUAUUCCCAAUGUUAAUAUAACCAACCGUGAUGAACCAGUUACAAUAGCAUUCAAUGUAAUAGAUCCGAAUACCACCAACCCACAAUGUGUCUAUUGGGACGAAUCCCCAGGGCGUAAUCCCCACUGGUCAGCAAAGGGCUGUGAUACAUCCGACUAUGAACCUGGAAAAAAAGUAUUUUGUACUUGUAACCAUCUUACAAGUUUUGCCAUGCUAAUGGAUGUCUACCAGAAUGAAAGAGAUUUAAAACAAAUGUUGUCUAUUCUUUCUAAUAUUGCCUGUGGAAUAUCACUUGUCUGUGUCAUUCUGACAGCAAUAGUUCAUGUUUAUUUCAAAAAUCUAUGGAAAUUAACGUCUUCAAAGAAUUUAGUAAAUUUGAGCAUUUCUUUAGCUGCCACUUAUUUUAUCUUUCUUGUUGGGUUCCAAGAAUAUAGUACAAAAAUAACAGCUGUUUGUAAGGCAGUGGCUGCUCUGUUACACUACUUCCUUCUGACAUCUUUCAUCUGGAUGGCUGUAGAAGCACUUCAUAUUUUCCUGGGCGUCGUUGUUGUAUUCAACACAUAUCAGUCAUCUUUUAUUAAGAAGUGUUCAAUUUUGGCCUGGGGUAUUCCAGCUGUCAUUGUCAUAAUUACUCUGGCAAUUAACAACACAAACAAUUACAUUAUAAUGGAACAAGCCUGUUGGUUAUCCAGCACGGCUUUCUAUGCUGCCUUCCUGGCUCCCGUGGCGCUCAUCCUCCUCUUCAACAUUACUAUGUUUUCUCUCGUUAUGAGGAGUCUUAACUCAAUGCAAAAUGACAAGAAAUUUGAACACAAACCAAAAAAAGUACGUGUUUUUGGCAUCGUUGGAUUGUGUUUCCUGCUUGGAUUUCCCUGGCUCUUACCAUUCUUUGGUUUUGGUGAAGCAGCUGAAGUGUUUCACCUUCUUUUUGCUAUAUUCACUCCCCUUCAAGGAAUGUUUAUCUUCCUAUGCUACUGUAUAUACAAAAAAGAUGCCAGAGACGCCAUCUACCCGUACUUAUGUAAACGAAACAAAGUAGAUCGGAAGCAAGCUAUGAAGGAUAUAAAAAGUCCAGCACCAGUAAUGAAAAAGGAGAUAAAACAGCAGAAACGGACUUAUAAAUGA